CAGCGCGGGUGACGUGACGGUGCCCCUCCCAAGAUGGCGGACAACCUGCCCUCCGAGUUUGAUGUGGUGGUGAUAGGGACCGGUCUGCCUGAAUCUAUUAUUGCAGCAGCAUGUGCCAGAAGUGGCCAGAGGGUUCUUCAUGUUGAUUCGCGAAAUUACUAUGGUGGAAACUGGGCCAGUUUUAGUUUUUCAGGAUUAUUGUCCUGGAUUAAAGAAAAUCAGCAAAAUACGGAUAUCAAGGAUGAGUGUGAAGACUGGAGAAAAUUGAUCCUUGAGAAUGAAGAAGUUAUUUCUCUUAAUAAGAAGGAUAAAACUAUUCAACAUGUAGAAGCUUUCUGUUUUGGCGAUCAGGAUGCAGCUGAAGAUGUUGAAGAAGCUGGUGCACUAGCACGGGUGCCUGCCUUUGGAACCUCUGUUGCUGAGGAGGUUGCUGAAGAACCGGAAAAAGAAUGCUCACCACUGGAGAGCUCCGUUCCUGGAGCUGAGAACUGGGAAUCAGAUAAAGCUACGAGCACGGAUCCACCAAAUGCAGCAGAAGGGAGCGUUACAGAAGUAAACUCUGAGAAUGAAAGUUCUCAUAGUACAGCGUCUGGCGAAUCCACUCUGGAAUUGGGAAAAAGUGAAGCUGCACUCUCAGAAGUUUCUGCCCAGGAACCAAAGAAAAUCACAUAUUCCCAAAUUGUUAGAGAAGGCAGAAGAUUUAAUAUUGAUUUAGUUUCUAAGCUGCUUUACUCCCGAGGUCUAUUAAUUGAACUUCUGAUCAAGUCAAACGUUAGCAGAUAUGCAGAGUUCAAAAAUGCAACACGAAUUCUUGCCUUUCGAGAAGGAAAAGUAGAACAGGUGCCUUGUUCUAGAGCAGAUGUCUUCAACAGCAGGCAGCUUGCGAUGGUGGAAAAACGAAUGCUAAUGAAAUUUUUGACAUUUUGUUUGGAGUAUGAACAGCACCCUGAUGAAUACCAAGACUACAAGAACAGUACAUUUGCCCAGUUCUUAAAAACACGAAAGCUAACACCUAGCUUGCAGCACUUCAUUCUUCAUUCUAUCGCAAUGGUGUCGGAAAAUGAUUGCAACACUCUUGAAGGUCUUCAGGCAACAAGAAAGUUUCUUCAGUGCCUUGGCCGCUAUGGCAACACACCAUUUUUGUUUCCUCUGUAUGGUCAAGGAGAGAUUCCACAGUGUUUUUGCAGGAUGUGUGCUGUAUUUGGUGGUAUCUAUUGUCUUCGCCAUUCUGUGCAGUGCCUUGUAGUGGACAAAGAAUCAGGACGAUGCAAAGCAAUUGUUGAUCAUUUUGGACAAAGAAUAAGUGCCAGCUAUUUUAUUGUGGAAGAUAGUUACCUUUCCGAGAGCGUAUGCGCAAAUGUAUGUUAUAGGCAGCUCUCCAGAGCAGUGCUCAUUACAGAUCAAUCUGUGCUAAAGACAGAUUCGGAGCAGCAGGUUUCUAUUUUGACAGUGCCUCCAGUGGAUUUAGGACAACCAGCAGUUUGUGUCAUUGAGCUGUGCUCCUCAACUAUGACCUGCAUGAAGGACACAUAUUUAGUCCAUUUAACCUGUCCAUCAACAAAAACUGCGAGGGAAGAUUUAGAGCCUGUUGUACAGAAGUUAUUCAGUCUAAAUGCUGAAACAGAAAAAGAAACUGAAGGUGAAGAACUGGAAAAACCUAGAGUCCUCUGGGCAGUAUAUUUUAACAUGAGAGAUUCUUCAGGAAUUGACAGAAAUUCAUACAGUGGUUUGCCCUCAAAUGUGUAUGUCUGUUCUGGCCCAGACUCAGCUUUAGGAAAUGACUGUGCUGUCAAACAGGCUGAGACUGUUUUCCAGGAAAUGUUUCCUACAGAGGAAUUUUGUCCAGCACCACCAAAUCCAGAAGAUAUUAUUUAUGAUGAAGAUGAGAUUGCAUCAGAAGAGACAGGAUUCAAUAAUUCGCCAGAGACAAAACCUGAAUCCUCACUUCAGGAAAGCAGUAGCAGAGGUAGUACUGGUGUUAAAGAGCAUACUGAGGAAUGAAUUAGCUCUGCUCUCUUAACAGAAGAGGCACUUGGCAGAACUUGAAGGGAGGAAGGGAAAAAAAAAAAAGAGGUUGAAAAAAACCCUUGGUGAUACUAUUUGUGAUUGCCUUACUUUCCUUAGCUUGAAUAAUCUUUCUUAUUCAAAUAGCUUCAUUACUAGCUAUUGCUCAGUAAAGUCAUAAGUCUAACUGGUACAGGGGUGUUAAUAGCUGAAAUAAGGUAAAAGUUAUGAAACAAAGUAUUUGAGUUUAAGAUGUUAAAAUAUAAUUAAUUACUUUUUGGGAUAAUUUGGUUUUGGUUUACGUCUUGGAAAGAAUCCUCUAUCUUUUAGACAGUGAAGUCAAAACUAACUGCAAGAUCAUGAAAGGUUGCUUACUAGUAAGAGGAUCACCUUCUGUUCUAAAGUGUCGGAGUUCUGCUAAAAGUCAUUGUGCCUGUGCUAGUUCAAUGUCAGCUUAAUUAUCUGUAAUUCAGAUUGCUUUUUAGGAAAGAAUCUUAAAGGUGAUAAUAUUGACAGUUCUGGAAUGGUGUUAUAACACAUGAGAUGUCAUGUUUAAUUUGCAUAGUGGAAAAAAAAAUAGUGGCUUUGAAACUGAAGCCGUGAAUUAGAAAUAAGUAUAGUUCAGUGGAUGUUCCACACAGGGAACAGUUUUUACAUUCAGAAUGCUUUCCCUUUAGAAGAUUGCAUAAUCACACUUUUUUUACCAGAUACUUUAUUUUCUGUAGCACAAAUUCAAACUGAAUGCUAGACUUCCCAACAAAAUUCAAACUCAUCUACUGAGCAUAACUAUUGUUAUCUUCCCUGGAUUUAUGGUAGUGUUUGGACCUCUCAUAAGCCAGUAAUUGUUUGUUUGCAAGUACGAUGUCUGAGCAUUUUAGCGAUGAACUGAGGUGUUCCUGCAGAGAAGGUAAACCUGCUGAGGAGAAGGUUCAACUGCUAAUUCUAAAGGUUUGUAUUGAUCCCAGUUAAGGGGAUUAAAACUAGUGUGAUAGCUGUACAUGCUGUGUUUUGUAAUUAUAAUCAUAAAACAUUUAUACGAUAAAAUUUAUUAAACUAUUUAUAACAGUAGUUUAUAUGAAGAGUUACGGAAUGAGAAAGCUGUUGUAAAUGACCAGGAUAGACUUGCACUUCUUCUGAACAAUGCUUGAAGUUAGACAUUCAGACUAUGAAAAAUAAUUUAGCAUUUAUUUUAAGAUUUACCUGAAAACAUACACCAGAUUAACAGUGCGUCCAAAUAGAGAGAUCAGUGAAUUCUGACGAGACAGAGUUCAAGCUUGCACCUGAACUUAGAUGUAGUUCUGGCAGUGCUAACAGAGUGUGUGAAUAAGAAUGCCAUUGAGUGAUGAAUAUUCAGCAUUGUCUGAACCUGACACGACCAAAUUUUUGUAGAGUUUUAAAGUGCAUGUGCCUGCCUUUAAAGUGGCUUCGUGCCAUAAAGGUUAAUUAAUUUAUUUUUUUACAGCAUGACUGAUACAGUUAACUUUGGCUUGCAUCAUAAUAUGUUGUCCAAUUUGCAUUUCAAAAACUAGUUUUUUAGUGUUUACCUUCCUUGCAUAUUGGAUAGACACUGUUGUGCAUAUAAUCCCAAAGACCCCAGAAAAAUGUCAUUAAAAUGUUACCGGUGUUAAACAACAGUUAUCUUUGGAUGCUUGUCGUUGAGCAGUUAUAUAUAUUAUAUUAUUAAGCAGACUUAUUCUUUGUUAACUGUAAUUACUUAGUGUGUAUUGGAAAGCAUGAGUAUCUAGUAAUUGUAUUUAACAUCUAAAAAUCUGUGGAAGUGGAGGACCCUGUACUUGUUUGUCUUUUGGUAGUGGGGAUCAUAGUUGAAUUUUUCAUUUUCUAUGUUUACAAGGAAAUUGUCAUGAAAAUUAAAGGUUUGCUUGCAAGUGCA